GAGUUUAAUAAUCCAGACUUUAUUUGGAUUUCCCCAGGUUUUCUGCUAAUGGUGUUUUUGUAUACCAAGCUUCCAUCAGGAAUUCCACAUGCAUUUAGAUUUGGUAUGCUUUCAAAAAUCAAAGAAGUGAUGGAAAGUAAUUGUACAUGGUUUCUGAAUGAAGACUUGUGAAACGGACUUUAUAAAGAGCAGAUUGUGUGAGGAAAAUCUGGAGAGAAAGAUGAAAAUGGAAAAUAAAAUGUUGUUAAACUGGAAUAUAGUGAACAGACUUCCAAAUAACAUUUUCCACUUGUGCUGUAGCCGACUCCGCCAUGUUCAGAGUAUCCUGACCCAGAGCAGCAAGUCUCGGCCUGAUGGGAUUCUCUGCAUCCUAGGAAUCGAUAGCAGGUACAAUGAAGGCUGCAGGGAAUUGGCGAAUUAUCUUCUGUUUGGCUUGUACAAUCAGAAUACCAGUGAUUUUGAGAAAACGGGAUUUUCUGAAGAAGUUCUAGAUGAUGUAAUUAUAUUGAUUAAAUCAGAUAGCGUCCAUCUAUACUGUAAUCCUGUAAACUAUCGCUAUCUUUUACCCUAUGUGGCACAUUGGAGAAAUCUGCAUUUCCACUGCAUGACUGAAAAUGAGUAUGAAGAUGAAGAAGCUGCAGAAGAAUUUAAAAUUGCCAGUUUUGUGGAUAUGACUCGAGAUUGUAGUAGAAUUGGCAUUCCUUACAGCUCCCAAGGUCAUUUGCAGAUAUUUGAUAUGUUUGUAGUGGAGAAAUGGCCAAUUGUACAGGCCUUUGCACUUGAGGGCAUUGGAGGGGAUGGAUUUUUUACCAUGAAAUAUGAGUUGCAGGAUGUGAGUUUGAAUCUCUGGAAUGUCUACAGCAAGAUGGAUGCUAUGUCUCUGGAGAGUUUGCUUUCAGAAGAUUUGGUGGCUUUUGAACAUCAGUGGUCUAACUUCUUUGCUAAUUUUGACACAGAAAUUCCCUUCCUGCUGGAACUUUCUGAAUCUCAGGCGGGUGAGCCAUUCAGAAGUUAUUUCAGUCAUGGGAUGAUUUCCAGCCAUAUAACUGAAAACAGCCCUAAUAGGCAGCCAUUCGUUCUCUUUGGUAACCAUUCCACACGUGAAAACCUGAAUGCUGGCAACUUUAACUUCCCCUCUGAAGGGCACCUGGUACGCAACACUGGUCCCAGCGGGAGCUUUGCCAAGCACAUGGUAGUACAGUGUGUCUCACCAAAGGGACCCCUUGCUUGUUCAAGAACAUACUUUUUUGGAGCUACCCACAGUCCUUAUUUGGAUGACAACAAGCUACCCAAGAAAACUGAACAAAUUAGGCUCUUGUCUCAGGUAUAUGCUGCUGUUAUUGAGGCUGUUUUGGCUGGCAUUGCAUGUUAUGCUAAAACUUCCAGUCUAACAAAGGCCAAGGAGGAGGCAGAACAGGCCCUGGGAUCUGGGUUAGAUUCCUUUGAGUUGAUGCAGUUUAAGGCAGCCCUACGUUCCAAGAUGUCUUUUCAUAUACAUGCUGUGAAUAAUCAGGGAAGAAUUGUGCCUCUGGACAGUGAGGAUAGCUUAUACUUUGUGAAAACGGCUUGUAUGACUGUCUAUGACAUUCCUGACUUGCUGGGAGGAAGAGGAUGCUUAGGCUCUGUGGUCUUCUCAGAAUCAUUUUUGACAUCUCAGAUCUUGGUUAAAGAAAAAGAUGGCACUGUUACUACAGAAACCAGCUCCAUAGUCCUGACAGCCGCCAUCCCCAGAUUCUGCUCCUGGCUGGUGGAAGAUAAUGAAGUAAAAUUGUCUGAGCAAACCCAGCAAGCAGUGAAGGGGGAUGAAUGUUUCCUGGGCAGUUUUCUAACAGGCGGAGAAGGAGCAUAUCUUUAUUCCAGCAACCCACAGUCCUGGCCUGAGGAAGGGAAAGUGCAUUUCUUCUCUAGUGGCCUUCUGUUUUCUCACCGUCAUCAUGGAAGUAUCAUCAUUUCCAAGGAUCACAUGAAUUCCAUUUCGUUCUAUGAUGGGGAUUCCACCAGUAUUGUUGCUGCCCUUCUGAUAGACUUCAAAAGCUCAUUGCUUCCCCAUCUCCCAGUUCAAUUCCAUGGAUCAAGCAAUUUUCUGAUGAUUGCACUUUUCCCCAAAUCAAAGAUAUACCAAGCAUUUUACACAGAGGUCUUCUCCCCUUGGCAACAGCAGGCUAACUCAGUGCUCUCUUUAAAAGUGAUCCAGGGAGAUGGAUUAUCUGUGGAACAAAAGAGAUUACACUCCAGUGCACAGAAACUCUUCAGUGUCCUCAGCCAUUCUGCUGGGGAGAAACGGAGUCCCCUUAAGCUGCUCUCAGCCAAACUCCCAGAAUUGGACUGGUUUCUCCAGCAUUUUGCCAUCAGCAGCAUUAGUCAGGAGCCUGUAAUGAGGGUCCAUCUUCCUGUCCUGCUGCAGCAAGCUGAAAUCAACCCUCCUCACAGAGUAGAAAACGAAAAGAUAAUUAUCAGCAUUGUAACCGGCCUCCCUGGUUGUCGCGCUAGUGAACUCUGUGCUUUUCUGGUCACUCUGCAUAAAGAAUAUGGCAGGUGGAUGGUGUACCGCCAAGUCAUGGACAGCUCCGAGUGUUUUCAUGCUGCGCACUUCCAGAGAUACCUUUCAAGCGCCCUGGAGGCCCAACAGAACCGCUCUGCCCGCCAGUCAGUCUAUAUCCGAAAGAAGACCAGACUGCUGGUGAUAUUACAAGGCUACACUGAUGUCAUUGACGUUGUCCAGGCCCUGCAGACCCAUCCAGACUCAAACGUCAAGUCCUCCUUCACCAUUGGUGCCAUCACGGUGUGUGUGGAGCCCCUAAGCUGUUACAUGGAGCACAGAUUUCUCUUUCCUAAGUGUCUUGACCAAUGUUCACAAGGCCUAGUGAGUAACGUGGUCUUCACCAGUCACACCACAGAGCAGAGACACCCUCUUCUUGUCCAGCUGCAGAGCCUCAUCAGGGCAGCGAAUCCUACUGCAGCCUUCAUUCUUGCAGAAAAUGGGAUCGUCACCAGGAAUGAAGAUAUUGAGCUGAUUCUCUCAGAAAAUAGUUUUUCAAGUCCGCCGAUGCUACGAUCUCGAUAUUUAAUGUACCCUGGCUGGUAUGAAGGUAAAUUUGAUGCUGGAUCCGUCUUUCCACUAAUGGUUCAGAUCUGUGUAUGGUUUGGUCGUCCCUUGGAGAAGAACCGCUUUGUGGCCAAGUGUAAAGCAAUUCAGUCCUCCAUUAAGCCAAGUCCUUUCUCUGGAAACAUCUACCAUAUCCUGGGCAAAGUGAAGUUUUCAGACUCUGAGAGGACCAUGGAGGUCUGCCACAACACUCUGGCCAACUCCUUGAGCAUCAUUCCAGUAUUGGAGGGACCCACUCCACCGCCUGACUCCAGAAGCACAACUCAAGACAGCAGUGGACAGCAGGAGUGCUACCUCGUGUUCAUUGGCUGCUCCCUGAAAGAAGAGAGUGUCAAGGACUGGCUACGUCAGUCAGCCAAGCAGAAGCCUCAGAGGAAAGCCCUGAAAACCAGGGGGAUGCUGACCCAGCAAGAGAUCAGGAACAUCCACGUAAAACGCCACCUGGACCCCCUACCUGCAGGCUAUUUUUAUAAUGGCACCCAGUUUGUUAACUUCUUUGGUGACAAGACUGAUUUUCACCCACUCAUGGACCAGUUCAUGAAUGACUACGUGGAAGAAGCCAACCGGGAAAUUGAAAAAUAUAAUCGGGAGCUGGAGCAGCAGGAAUAUCACGACCUCUUUGAGCAGAGGCCCUAAAGGAAGAUUGCAGAGUGUCCACCCUGGAGAUGGACAAAAUGGGUGUCUUAACCCCAGUCUCCUGGAGGGACCAUCAUUUGUUCUCCUUGGCCUUUGUGUGCUGACUUGAGUGCAUGUCGUCUUUAUUCUCUAUCCAGCUCUGAGAACAUCACCUGCACCACUGAUUGGGGGGGGGGGGUUAGGGAAUGACUAUCCUGUGUGCACUGGGAGACCAGGACCUCUGGGUCUCUGGUGUCGCAUCUCUGAGCUCUUGAGGCACUGUAUGAGUGGGAGACGCAAUUGGAUUGCACAGAGGAGCUGCUGGGGCAGGACAGAACCCUGGCUGCCCAAUCUCUGUCUGCCCUUGGGUAGCUAGGUCACCACAGGCCACACGCCUCAGACAUAGCCCCAGGAGAGUACUCCUCCCAGUGAAGUCCCUGCCUCCCUGCUCAGGCCCCUUCCUUGAAGGAGCUAGCCCCUACAGCCUGGGGGUGGAGAACACAAGCCCCAGCCACAGAGCCAGCAGCUUGGGCUGAGAUCAACAGCUGCUUCUAAAAUGAGACCAUUUUCCUAGCAGACUAAACUGAGGGAAGGCAUGUUGUUUUCCAGAAGUGUGUGGCUUCUGAAUUGACAUAAGCAGUCCCCUUUGGGAUUGGGCUUGAGCUCCCUAGUGGCAUCACUCUGGUUUGCCUAAUUCAGGGACAAGUGCAGACCUGCUGCUCAGGCCUCUUGCUAGUGCUUUGCCUGCAUUUGAGAAGAGUUCUGCAGCUCGUUAGUCUUAGGCCCAGGCUAUAAUCGCUCAUGGAUUCCUUGAAGGGAGUUCAGUCUCUAGCUCUCAACCCUCCCUUCAGCUUAGCCAGGGAAGGUCUGGUUUUCAGGCACACUUCAGGAAACACAUGCUCCUCAAGCAUUGUUCUUGGUCAUGGACUUUUUGGCUGCUGAGGACCAGAAAUUUCAAAGAAUUCCAAUAUCCAAAUUAGAAUUCCUUCCAGGGGCUUUGUAUUCAGCUGGGCCAUAAAGCAGAAGUGUGUCCCAUGCCUGACCUCCAGAAUUAGUGGGAGAGGAGGUCGCAAGUACUGAUAUUUAGGUGAUGUCUGUUAGGACUUUAGCGCCUUAGCUGCCUAGAUUGUAAAUGCUUUCUGAAUUUCACAUAUUUUUUGCAUGCCUUAGGAAAAAGCACAUAGGCAAAACCAGCAAAGUUUCUAGUAAUGUAAAGGGGUGUUUGAGAAAGGCCCCUGAAGCAGAGGACAGACAGGAAGGAUGGAGCACAGGUAUUGUGUGUGUGCCUGGUCAUGCAGAGGCCUGCAUGCAAGUAGCAGAGCAGAGGAGAAGGCUUGUCAGUAAAAUGUAUUAGACACAACAGUUUUAUUUAAAGCCAAAUGAACAAAACUCCAAAUACCAUUGAAUAAGAAAUCUUGUGUGAAGAAAGGCUUCUGAAAAGGCCCGUGUGCUCCAGUCCCAGCACCCAAAGGUGUUGGUGACAAGGGCCCAGCUGUGGCAUCCAGUGUGGUUGCCCCUCACUUCUGGCUGGCCAGAGGCUGAAUCUGCAGCGCCUGCCUCUGCCUCAGAAUCAAUAACAUAGAUCUUAAGUGCAAUUGAUUAAAUAAGCAAUGAGUUACUGUAGCUUCCUUUAGCUCUACCGAGCUCUUUCUAAAAACUCAUACUUGAGCAGCCUUAGAAAAGGGGGGUGGGGUGGGGAUAGGGGGAACCAUAGGCCAUUUCCUCUAGGUUGCUGUGAAGUUGUAAGUGAAUGCUCCAGAUCUAGGGGCUGGAGCCAUUACCUGGCUGCUGCACAAAAGAGUUUUUAAAGAGGGGUCGGAGCCCGCCCGUAAAAGCGGGUCUUUUCCCACUGCGUGGGGCUGUAUACUACGUGGUGGUCUUGGUUUCUGAUCGUUUUAUUCAUAGAAAUGCUCUCUCACCAAUCUGCCCCACGGUCCUAAUUCCUCUCCUCUCAGAGGGAAAACUGUGAUUACCUCAACUUGAAUAUGAAACUGUGAUUGAGAAAAAUCAAAACGUUAUAAAGUUUCAAAGCUAAAACAAAACUGGCUGAGGCCUCCAUAGGUGCUCCUCAGCCUGCGCAGGAGUCUGAGAGGGGCACAUUGGCGAAAGGGCAUUCCUCAGGGCACACAUGGUGCCCCUGGUGAAGAGACACACUAGUAGUGUGCAAUGUCAGCUCUUUGAGGACUGAAGCCAGGAGGAUGCCUCCUCCUUCCUGGCACUGCCCCUUCCGGAACCUGAGGGCCCUCUGUCUUCUGACUGAGAAGACCAUCCACUUGAUUCCUCCAGUGGGUGCUCCCGGUGGAGGGCAGGGUUUUAGGCUGUCUCCAGGCGUAGGGCCAUGACACCAUGUUUUAGAUUUGACCUUAAAGGUGGAUGUACCAGGGACCCAGCAACGAUAUCAGGUGAAGGUUCCCAGGACAGGCAGAAGUCCUCCAGGGGCUUACAUGCUUUUUGCCAACUUUCCUAUUAGCAGCUUCAGUUUUAUACCACCCAGAAUGAGUGUGAUAAUGUUGAAGUCGCUGAAGUUAUGGGUUCUUUUACGUUUUGAUGUGGGAUUUUUCUUUUUGUAAUUGGAAGGAGGCGGUAGAAAUUGGAGAAAAGGGGAUUACCCAAGGAAGGGGUCCCAGGCAAGAAGUCGAGUUGGCUCCUUGGAGUCCUGGGGGCUCUGUGACCUGAGCCAUGGACAGUGGGUCCUGCAGGUCACAAGAAAAAUUUCCUCCUAAAUUUCAUUAGGAUUUUGGAGAAUUUUUGCACAGUAAUAAGCUCUGGGUUGCUCUUGGAGCUUCUCAAAAGGGAAAUGUUAAACUCAAAGAUUAUAAACAAAAUAUAUGAAGUAUUUCAGCUGUGUUGCUGACCUAGUUGGAUAGUUUUACCUCAAAAAGUAGGUGAGAAAUGACUUCCUUAUUGUCCCAGGUUGUCAACUACUAAUGACAUAAGAGCUCACUUACGUGCCAAAAUUCACUUUUAUAAUAGUUUUUCAGUGCUUUAAUAUUUGUAACUUAAAUUUUAAAACAUUUACAAACACUACUGUAACUUCAGUGAAACUGAAUUGUGUGAUUGAAGCUUUUUGCUUAUAGUAUUUAUUACACUACUUCAGUAAAUAUAUAAAAGUAGCUUUCAAUUUAUUUUUAUAUUAUUUUACAUGUUUUUACCUGCAGUUGUGUGUUCAUUUACCUUGGUAACUGAGUUGUAAUGCUAAGGACCAAUAAACUAUCACUGAACAAGCAAGGCCUGCUGCUUACCUGUCCCUGUAGACUGGGAGAACCUGAGUUUUCCCAAGAGGGGCUGGUGAGAAGGCUGGCCUCUGGGACUCUGUCUCUCCCGGGGUACCUCUGCAGGCGCUGCUGUGAGAAGGAUCCUUGGGGCUCACAUUCCCCUCCCCAAGCCCUAGAGCAGCCUUUGAAGAAUAAAAUUCACUUGAAAUCACCCUGGGUUGGCGGUGGGCACUUUCUGGGGGUCCCAGAGGAGCCAAGGAGAGGCUUGCAUGAGCACCAUAUGAGAUGCUGGGGGGCAG